AUGGCGGACAAGGAGGCAAGAGGAGAGCACCCACCACCCAAUGAUAUGAAUCCUGAUGCUUGCUCGUUUUGUGUCCUGUCCUUUGCUAUCACCAUGGUCGUCAAGGUUGACCUUGAAUGCGAGAUAUGCAACAAGAAGAUCAGAAGGGUCCUCCACAGGAUCAAAGACAAGAUGAACAUCAAUACUAUCUCCUUUGAUGAAAAGAGGAAUCUCGUGACCAUCUCUGGCCCGUUCGACGCCGAGAAGGUCCGUCGGAAGCUCUGCUGGGAGGCUGGCUGGAUCAUCAAGGGUAUAGACGUCAAAGCGCCCGAGGAGAAGAAGGACGGAGGCAUUGAAAAGGAGGAGCACGGAAGAAAGACGGCUGCGGCGCCCGCGGUCAACCUCCGCCCGCUGCUGGAGAAGAUGUUGGAGCGCCCCAAGGCCAGGACCCAGCCGGCCCCCUGCACCUGCUGCUGCGGCUGCAGCUGCGGCAAGCAGACCACGCAGCCGCCAGCAGCGCAGGUCGUCGUGCCCGCGCCGGCCAAGGCUAAGGCGCCGUCGUUGUACUACGGCGUGCCGGUGUACAGCAUUGAGGGGUGGUAA